AUGUCCUGUGGUAAUGGUGAAACUAGUGGGCACUCUAUGUAUAACCUCUGUGGUCAGGGUCAAAGCUCCAGCUCCCAGUUAGCUAGUCUGAAUGGUCAUAGGAAGUCUUCAGGAUUGUUGGAAGUCACAGGGAACUUAAAUAAUAAGCAAUAUUCUUCAGUGGCACUAGCUCCAGAUACCAUGGUGAAUAAUGGAUCAGGAAUUCCCCCUAACUCUGAGGAAGAUACAAAGGAUUCAGCAUUCCAGCUCAGCAACCAACCUAUGACAGGAAGUGAAAUCCGUAGGACCUACACUACCAAGUGUUUCUAUGGCCCUUAUUUAACCAAAACUAGCAUGCAGGGAGAUGUCUACAACUUCCUGGAGAGGCCUAGUGGAUGGAAGUGUUUUAUUUACCAUUUUACUGUAUUUCUACUGGUGCUGAUUUGUUUAAUUUUCAGUGUACUCUCUACUAUAGAACAUUAUUCAGAAUUUGCCACGGGGACCCUUUUCUGGAUGGAAAUUGUGCUGGUGGUGUUUUUUGGUGCUGAAUAUUUGGUGCGGCUAUGGUCUGCUGGUUGCAGAAGUAAAUAUGUUGGCUUUAAGGGAAGACUACGUUUUGCCAGAAAGCCUAUAUCAAUUAUUGAUCUUAUUGUUGUGAUAGCCUCAAUUAUUGUUCUGAGUGUAGGAUCAAAUGGGCAGGUGUUCGCCACAUCUGCCAUAAGGGGAAUCCGGUUUCUCCAGAUACUUCGCAUGCUUCAUGUAGAUCGGCAGGGUGGCACUUGGAGACUCUUAGGAUCAGUUGUUUUCAUACAUCGUCAGGAACUCAUAACCACUCUGUACAUUGGAUUCUUGGGACUGAUCUUCUCAUCCUAUUUUGUCUAUCUUGCUGAGAAGGAUGCAGUGGAUGAAGAUGGAAGAACAGGUUUCUCUAGCUAUGCUGAUGCCCUGUGGUGGGGUGUGGUAACGGUCACAACAAUUGGUUAUGGAGACAAAGUACCACAGACAUGGAUUGGGAAGACAAUAGCCUCCUGUUUCUCAGUGUUUGCUAUAUCUUUCUUUGCUCUUCCAGCGGGGAUUCUGGGUUCUGGUUUUGCCUUGAAGGUACAACAGAAGCAACGUCAGAAGCAUUUCAACAGGCAAAUCCCAGCUGCAGCUUCUCUAAUUCAGACUCUGUGGCGGUGCUAUGCAGCGGAGAAAUCAUACAGUUCUACAGCAACAUGGAAGAUCUAUGUUACAUCGCCUGCUCAAAACUAUCAUAACUUUUCCCCGAGCCCUACUCAUAAAAGUUCUGCACCAGUCACUCAGAAAAAAAAAAAUUUCAAGACAGAAGAAACCAAUGGUCCAUCUAGCCCAGAUAAAGAGCUCACUGUACCAGGACACAGCACUUUUACAAACACAGAGGAGACAAGAAAGACUGACUUUAAUGUUUCAUCUUCAACUGUCAGUGUCAAGCAGAACCCAGGUCUUCUGAGUCCCAGUUCAGUGCCUUAUUUGCUAACUGCUGCAUUCAGCCGAGAGCAGUAAUUACAGGGAGAGUUCAUUAGUCUCCCAUACUCACACAAUUCCCAGUUAACUGAAGCACACCGAAUAGCUGUCAAAGUCAUAAGGAGAAUGCAAUAUUUUGUGGCCAGAAGAAAAUUUCAGCAAGCUCGAAAACCAUAUGAUGUACGUGAUGUAAUUGAACAGUACUCUCAAGGACACCUUAAUAUGAUGGUUCGCAUAAAAGAACUUCAACGAAGACUGGAUCACUCCUUAGGGAAGCCUGGUCUUUUUCUCCCAGAAAAAGGGGUAGACAAAGGAUACUAUACUGUAGGAGCCAGACUGAUCCGGUUAGAGGAUAAG